UACCAAACUAAAAUCUAAAAAAUAAGUUUCAAGACCAUUUUCGUUUUACCCUAAUAUACACUUAAUAUUGAUUAAAGGCUGAAUUGCUUUAAAAAUAAAUAGUUUUGUUUCUCGGAAUUCACUUUGUAGCUAAUUAUUAUUUGUACCUCAGAACUACAUAAAUGCUUGUCCAAAAAUUGUUUUUCCGAUUAUAACAAGUUUGACUCUAGUAUCAUAUUUCAUAUCAAGCCACAACUAUAAAAGCUCCUUUAUUAUUGCUAGUGUAGAGCAUACAUUUUCAGGCAUAAUAAGCAACUUUUAUGCAGCUGUUUCACUCUAUUAAGAAUUUUACUAAAUGAAAGUAAUAUUAUGUCCUGAGGCACUAUUUAUGAAACUUUAUAUGAAAUAAAUAACUACCUAUUAAAGAAAUUUCUAAUAUUAAUCAUCUCUGCGAGCUGAGAGUGUUGAAUUUGUCAUCAAAUCAAAUAACACAUAUAGUUAGAAUGAGUGGAUUAAAAUCAUUGGGAGAAUUAAAUUUAUCCAAGAACUUCAUUACAGAAGUAGAUGAAGAGCUACACACAGCACAUUCCUUAAUGAGGAAGGAAGAGCAAAAGAGACAGGAAGGCAUUCGAUUGGGAAAAAUCAAAGAGUCCAAAGUGAAAGCUAUAGCCACAGCUCGACAGUUAUGGGAAACUUCUUGCAAAGAACCGUCUUCUCAGACACCCCAAGAAACAUCUUCUUCAGUUUCAUAUAUUGCUUCUGCAGUUCCUUUGCACUUACUUGCCUCAAGAUAUAGCCGUUCAUGUAGCGAGGAAGAAGAUGAUAUGUUUUGUUCAUGUUGUGGAGGUCAAGGUAUUGACUGCAGUGAGUGUGAUAGUGGAAAAACUAGAAUUAUUUCAAGUCCAAAAUCAAACAUACCAAAAUCAAGGUCUCAGAAACGAAGCCAAGAUAUGAAAAAUAAAAGAAUACGACCCUGUUUAUCCUUGGAUCUUGAAACUGUAGAUUCCAAGCUGACAUACUUGGCAGAAGUUGAAUGUGAGAAUUUGCAUCUGUAUGGCCUUGGAGCUGUUGCAGCUACUAUAAGUCAUGCCUGGGCCCCCCAAACUGUUUCUCUUAUACAGAUAGUGUCAUUCCACUUUGUGGUUUUUGAUGAUAUUGCUCAUCUGCUUGGAAAAUUUAAAACUCAAUUCCCAAAUAUUGAAGCAGCAUCAUUUGAAUGUGCUUGUUUGGAAUCUCUAGCACAGCUGAACGCUUUAGGACAAAUCCCAGGACUCAAAAAGUUAGCAAUUGAGACUGAAGGUAAUCCUAUAUUACUAAUACCCGAGUGGAGAUUGUACGCAGUUUACAGGCUUAGCCCUACCAUUGAACAAAUAAAUGGAUCAAUGGUGACUGAAUUGGAAAGAAACCAAUCGGAAGAUAUAUUUGGUGGUCUUGGCUUUGCUGCAUCUUUAUUUCUGCCAAAGUAUAGAUUAUCUUCUUUAUUAAAUAGUCCAAGAGUAAAACAAAUGUUUUUGAAAGAAAAGGAGUCUUCUUCGAACAGUUUAGAGAGGAAAUCCAAAUAUCAGUUGGCAAAUGAAGUGAUGAAAUCAGCAUUUACUUAUAACCCAGAUUUUGAGUUCUCUCUACCUGGACCCAAAUCAAGAAAAAUCAUCGAGAAAAACAUCGGAUAUGUUCAAGAAAUCAUGAAGAAACGAUUUCUUUUCGACAGGAUUUGGCCGUCCAUGUUUUUAGGAAUAGUCAAUGAUGCUUUAGAAGAUUAUACUGAUCUUAAUCGCCAUAUGAAACUGUCCAUGCAAAGCUUGCUUAAAAAGGGCAAAUCUCUAGAAGAAAAUCUUGAUUAAGUUUUAAUUAAUCUUUUUGCUAAAACAAUGUUUUCCUUAUCAUCUGAUUCAAUUUGUUUACCUUUUCAUAUAAAAGAAAUUUCAAUUUCAAUUGUUUUUAGACAAUCGAAGUUCUAUCUAGAUAAACACUGCUAUUUCGGGUAUCACUUUAAAUCUUGUUAAAUAUGAAUUUUGUUCUAUAUAAAGCUUAUCUAUCUCAGUUUUCUGAAUGAAUGUCUUUUCAGGUUUAAUACUUGUAACAAUUGAGAAGAAAAGACCAUUUUAUUUCAGCUUCCUUGUAUA